GGAGCUCGUCCUGGGCUUCUCGCUCGGCCCCGCCCCUCCAGAGACUCGCCUCCGGAUUGGCUCGGGCGGGGGCGGGGCCCGGAGUCCGGAAGUGCGGCUGACGUGUCCGGGCCGCGCUCGGAAUUGUGGGCGACUGGGCUAAUGGCGUCGGCGGGUUUGGGCACCCGGGGCGGGCAUCGCUGAAGCUUGUGGCCAGCUCGGCCGGUGACGCCCGCCGUGGCCAGGCCCCGCGGCAGCGGGAGGGACCUGCCCGUCUGGUGGGCUCCUGAGCCGGCGCCGGUGGAGCCUGGUGGGGCUGCACGGCUGCGGGCAGGUUUCGGCGAGCCGCCGGCGGCGGUGCGGGGCGGCCCGGGGGGAACUCGGGCACGCCUCGGGAGACGCAGCCCGGCUCCGGCCGUGCGCCCGCCGAGCCCUGGGCCCCGGCUGCGGAAGACUGAGGAGCCGCCGGCUGGCUGCGGGCCGCGCAAGCUGCUGACAGUGCCUGCUUGGAAGUGCUGGUCCCAGAUCGGCGGUGACCUGGAGGGACCAUGUCCUGCACCAACAGCCCCGAGGCUGUGAAGAAGCUGCUGGAGAAUAUGCAGAGCGACCUGCGGGCCUUGUCACUAGAAUGCAAGAAGAAGUUCCCACCUGUCAAGGAGGCUGCUGAAUCAGGAAUAAUAAAAGUUAAAACAAUAGCUGCAAGAAACACGGAAAUUUUGGCAGCAUUGAAAGAGAACAGCUCAGAGGUCGUGCAGCCUUUCCUAAUGGGGUGUGGGACCAAGGAACCAAAGAUCACACAGUUGUGUUUGGCCGCCAUCCAGAGACUCAUGUCCCAUGAAGUGGUGUCUGAGACUGCUGCUGGAAACAUAAUUAACAUGCUUUGGCAGCUAAUGGAAAACAGCCUUGAAGAACUUAAGCUGCUUCAAACAGUUCUUGUUCUUUUAACAACCAACACGGUAGUUCAUGACGAGGCACUUUCCAAGGCCAUAGUUCUUUGUUUUCGACUACACUUCACAAAGGACAAUAUUACAAAUAACACAGCUGCUGCUACAGUCCGACAGGUCGUGACUGUCGUCUUCGAGAGGAUGGUGGCUGAAGAUGACCGGCACAGAGAUAUAGAACCUCCAGUGCCGAUCCAAGGAAACAGUAACAGAAGGUCUGUCAGCUCGCUGAGACCCUGUGCUAAGGACGCAUACAUGCUCUUCCAGGACCUCUGUCAGUUGGUUAACGCUGACGCCCCUUACUGGCUAGUGGGUAUGACGGAAAUGACUCGGACAUUUGGCCUUGAGUUGCUAGAGUCUGUCCUCAAUGAUUUUCCACAAGUGUUUUUACAGCAUCAAGAAUUCAGUUUUCUCCUCAAAGAACGGGUGUGUCCGCUUGUGAUCAAGCUCUUUUCUCCAAAUAUCAAGUUCAGACAAGGUUCCAGUACGUCAUCUUCUCCAGCACCCGUUGAAAAACCCUAUUUUCCUAUUUGCAUGCGUUUACUGAGAGUGGUGUCUGUUCUGAUCAAGCAGUUUUACAGCCUCUUGGUGACUGAGUGUGAAAUAUUUCUGUCACUUCUGGUGAAGUUCCUGGAUGCAGAUAAGCCACAGUGGCUUCGAGCUGUUGCAGUGGAAUCGAUACACAGGCUCUGUGUGCAGCCUCAGUUACUAAGGUCAUUUUGUCAGUCGUAUGACAUGAAGCAACAUUCCACCAAGGUUUUCCGAGACAUUGUGAAUGCGCUGGGGUCUUUUAUCCAGUCUCUGUUUCUUGUCCCUCCUACUGGAAAUCCUGCCACAGCCAACCAAGCUGGAAACAAUAAUGCUGGCGGCCCAGCCUCAGCACCAGCUAACUCGGGGGUGGUGGGCGUCGGUGGGGGCGUUACUCUGCUGCCAGCCUUUGAGUACCGAGGAGCCUGGAUACCCAUCCUGACCGUUACCGUUCAAGGCAGUGCUAAAGCCACCUACCUAGAGAUGCUGGACAAAGUUGAACCCCCAACUAUCCCAGAAGGCUAUGCCAUGUCCGUGGCCUUCCACUGCCUGUUGGAUCUCGUCCGCGGAAUCACCACCAUGAUAGAAGGAGAGUUGGGAGAGGUGGAAGCAGAGGGUCCCAGUGUCACAGAGGGAGCCUCUUCACAGUCCUCAGAACGGCGAGACGAGCAGGCGGCAUCAGACCCGAUGGACCAGGAAACAGUGAGCAGAGCUGUUUGGGAAGAGAUGGUGAGCGCUUGCUGGUGUGGCCUUCUCGCUGCGCUCUCACUCCUCCUCGACGCCAGCACAGAUGAGGCUGCCACCGAGAACAUUUUGAAGGCUGAACUGACCAUGGCUGCUCUCUGUGGAAGACUGGGCCUUGUGACCUCGAGAGACGCCUUUAUAACUGCAAUAUGCAAAGGCUCCUUGCCGCCACACUAUGCUCUGACUGUGCUGAACGCCACCACUGCAGCGACACUCUCCAAUAAAUCAUAUUCUAUCCAGGGCCAAAGUGUUAUGAUGAUCAGCCCGUCCAGCGAGUCUCACCAGCAAGUUGUGGCCGUGGGUCAGCCUCUUGCAGUGCAGCCUCAAGGAACAGUGAUGCUGACUUCCAAAAAUAUCCAGUGCAUGCGGACUCUGCUGAACUUGGCCCACUGUCACGGCGCUGUUCUCGGAACAUCGUGGCAACUUGUCUUGGCAACUCUUCAGCAUCUUGUGUGGAUUCUGGGACUAAAGCCUAGUAGUGGUGGUGCCUUGAAGCCUGGCAGAGCAGUGGAAGGGCCCAGCACAGUUCUGACAACAGCGGUGAUGACAGACUUGCCGGUGAUCUCCAACAUCCUUUCUAGACUGUUUGAAAGCUCACAGUAUCUUGAUGACGUAUCUUUGCAUCAUUUAAUAAAUGCACUUUGUUCCUUAUCUCUAGAAGCAAUGGAUAUGGCCUAUGGAAAUAAUAAGGAACCGUCUCUAUUUGCUGUUGCCAAACUAUUAGAAACUGGCCUGGUUAAUAUGCACAGGAUAGAGAUUUUAUGGAGACCUCUGACUGGCCAUCUACUUGAGAAGGUCUGCCAGCAUCCAAACUCUCGGAUGCGAGAGUGGGGAGCCGAAGCUUUGACGGCACUCAUUAGAGCGGGGCUGACGUUUAGCCACGAGCCUCCCCUUUCACAGAACCAGAGACUACAGCUGCUUUUAUUGAACCCAUUAAAAGAGAUGUCCAAUAUUAACCAUCCAGAUAUUCGACUCAAGCAAUUAGAAUGUGUGUUGCAGAUUCUGCAAAGCCAGGGAGACAGUCUUGGGCCUGGGUGGCCGUUAGUUCUUGGAGUCAUGGGAGCAAUCAGAAAUGAUCAAGGAGAAUCAUUAAUAAGAACUGCCUUUCAGUGUCUUCAGUUGGUUGUGACAGACUUCCUACCCACAAUGCCUUGUUCUUGCCUACAGAUAGUUGUAGAUGUUGCAGGUAGCUUUGGACUGCAUAACCAAGAACUUAACAUCAGCUUAACGUCAAUAGGCUUACUGUGGAAUAUUUCAGAUUAUUUUUUCCAAAGAGGGGAAACGAUUGAAAAAGAAUUAAAUAAAGAAGAGGCAGCUCAGCAGAAGCAGGCCGAGGAGAAAGGAGUGUCUCUGAACCGGCCGUUCCACCCCGCGCCGCCAUUCGACUGCUUGUGGCUAUGUCUCUAUGCCAAGCUGGGGGAGCUUUGCGUGGACCCCCGCCCUGCCGUGAGGAAGAGCGCGGGGCAGACCCUGUUCUCCACGAUCGGAGCGCACGGGACCCUGCUGCAGCACUCCACCUGGCACACCGUUAUUUGGAAGGUACUCUUUCAUCUACUGGACCGAGUUCGAGAAUCUUCUACAACUGCAGACAAAGAAAAGAUUGAGUCUGGAGGUGGAAAUAUUUUAAUUCAUCACUCAAGAGACACGGCAGAGAAGCAGUGGGCUGAGACCUGGGUAUUGACAUUGGCUGGAGUAGCACGGAUCUUCAACACCAGGAGAUACUUGCUGCAGCCUCUAGGAGACUUCUCAAGAGCUUGGGAUGUUCUUCUUGACCACAUCCAGUCAGCUGCACUCAGUAAAAACAAUGAAGUGUCCCUCGCCGCUCUGAAAAGCUUCCAGGAAAUAUUACAGAUUGUGUCCCCUGUCCGAGACUCAGAGAAGCCCGAGACCCCUGCAGUUAGUGUGCCCGUACCUGUCCUUCUGGGAAACCUUCCAGGCCCAGGCCUGAGCAGGCCGUUUGUGAGGACAGACUCCAUUGGAGAAAAGCUUGGCAGAUGCAGCUCGGAGACUCCUGUGGUGACUGACGAACUCGAAGAUCUGAAGCUCUGGUGGGCUGCCUGGAACACCUGGCACAGGACGGGUUCUGAAAGCACAGAGCCGCCCAGCACUGUCGAUGAGCUGACGUUUAUCCCCAGCCAGCCUUUCCUUACAGCCUUAAUUCAGAUCUUCCCUGCCCUCUACCAGCACAUAAAAGCUGGCUUCAGCAUGGCCGACUUGCAGAAGCUGGGCGUCAUCCUGCACAGCGCUGUCUCUGUCCCCAUCAGUUCUGAUGCCUCUCCUUUCAUCCUCCCGUCUUACACAGAAGCAGUCCUGACAAGUUUACAGGAAGCCGUGCUUACGGCCUUAGAUGUUCUCCAGAAGGCCAUCUGCGUUGGACCAGAAAACAUGCAGAUCAUGUACCCGGCUAUAUUUGACCAGUUGCUGGCGUUCGUAGAGUUUUCCUGUAAACCUCCACAGUAUGGACAGCUGGAAACAAAGCACAUUGCAAAUGCCAAGUACAACCAGAUCCAACUAUUUGCACCGGCGGAAUGGGUAGCCUUGAAUUAUGUACCGUUUGCUGAAAGAUCUUUAGAAGUAGUUGUGGAUUUGUAUCAGAAAACGGCUUGUCAUAAAGCAGUGGUGAAUGAGAAAGUCCUCCAGAAUAUUAUUAAGACCCUCAGGGUUCCUCUCAGUUUGAAGUAUUCAUGCCCUUCUGAAAGCACGUGGAAACUGGCGGUAGCUUCUCUCCUCAAAGUCCUGUCCAUCGGACUGCCUGUUGCCCGACAGCAUGCUUCCUCUGGGAAAUUUGACAGCAUGUGGCCAGAGUUAGCCAGCACGCUUGAAGACUUUCUCUUUACUAAAAGCAUACCUCCAGAUAAUCUCUCUAUUCAAGAAUUUCAAAGAAAUGAAAGUAUUGAUGUUGAAGUUGUUCAGCUCAUCAGUGCGGAAAUCCUCCCGUACGCCAACCUCAUUCCUAAAGCGUUCGUGGGUCAGAUGAUGACCAUGCUCAACAAGGGCUCCAUCCACUCUCAGCCGUGCUCAUUCACAGAAGCAGAGAUUGACAUUCGUUUGAGAGAAGAAUUUUCUAAAAUGUGUUUUGAAACAUUGCUCCAGUUUUCCUUCAGUAACAAAGUCACAACACCUCAGGAAGGCUACAUCUCACGAAUGGCACUCUCUGUGCUUUUAAAGAGGUCGCAGGAUGUUCUGCAUCGCUACAUAGAGGAUGAGAGGCUGAGUGGAAAAUGCCCUCUCCCAAGGCAGCAAGUGACAGAAAUCAUAUUUGUUCUAAAAGCUGUCAGCACUCUCAUCGACUCACUGAAGAAGACCCAGCCUGAGAAUGUUGAUGGAAAUACCUGGGCACAAGUAAUUGCCUUAUACCCGACGUUAGUGGAGUGUAUCACCUGCUCAUCCUCAGAAGUCUGCUCUGCCCUUAAAGAGGCACUGGCUCCCUUUAAGGAUUUCAUGCAGCCGCCAGCAUCCAGAGUUCAAAAUGGAGAGUCUUGAGCAGCUGCAGCACGUGUGGAGGAAGAGAUACCCUGAGGAACGCCUUCCCCUGAGUCUUGUAGAGGAAGGACGCUCUACUGAAGUCACUCUUGGCAGCUGUGUUUGCCUUCUUUAAAUUAUAGUGUAAUUAUCUGGGUACAGUAAUUCAUACAAAAGCCUCCAUGUUAACCCGGGCUCCUGGAGGAGCUGAGCCUUGGCCUGGGUGACUAUGCUGGGAGGGACAGUGAGCACUACAUCACACCUGCUACCAUGUCUUCAGUUGGUGACUGAAAAGUGAGCUUAUGUACAGUUUGUUGUGUAUGUGUUAAUGAUGUACUUUUUAAAAAGAAAAAAACGAUAUUUCCAUUCAGAUUUUUGAGGCUGGUGUUUUGCACCCUUUUUCAAGUACAGAAUCGUACUAAAAUUUUAUGCAAGGUGGUACUGUAACAUUCCAUACUAUCUACAACCAGCCUUUGUGAGCAAAGGGAACUGAUAAGACUGUGUGUAUAAUAAAUAGUACAGUUCUGUAUAAAA